GUGGACGAAUGGUAGUCGCUUUUUGCGUGUUUAUGCCGAAAGACCAAUGACAGGUGGCGCUUUGCUGUGUCAUCGCUCGGACUAACGAUGCACUCCACACUCGGAGUAAAGCUUCGGACUCACGACAACGCGACUUUACGGUAGCAUGCAAAUUCAACAGCAGAAGGCUGCUGUACCCGUUACUAUCUCCCCGGUCAACUCGGAUAGACUUCAGCCAUGUCAAGAGAGCUCAGAAGGAAUGGAAAGCCCAGAAGCUGUGAACCGUGCAGGCUCUCAAAGAUUCGGUGCGACCACGCAACGCCUCUGUGCCGGAAAUGCCAAACGCGGGGAAUUCCUGAUCAAGUGAGCAGAUGAAGGCGCCACGAUCAGAGAUCAUGUUGACCACGAAAGUGUUUUUACCAUCCAAAUCCCAUGACCAAGCCGGCGGGGACUCCACGUAAGAAACCCGAGCCUCGCCGUCGAAAGCUCAGUGCACAUCCCGAAAGACUUGCUCCAUUAACCUUGAGUCCACCGACUCUCAGGAACGAUCUUGUGAAAUCGUGGCCAACACCGCCUGAGACCACCACCAGGACAGAAUGUGCCAAACCGACUCAAGACCCAACACGGGGGUUCUUCCUCGGGUCGACAAGCUACGCCAGUGUGUUUGUCGAAGAGCAGCCUCUGCCCGAUAGUAUACAUGAACAGCCGUCAGAAAGAACAAGCAGAACGCCUUCUGUCUCUGACAGAACUAUACUUGGCAGCCGCCAUUGUCAGAUCGGUAUAGGUCACUCAAUCGUCACGAAGCUUCUGCCGAUCUCGUUCUUCGAGAGGUCUUUCAAACUGUAUUUUGAACAUCAAAAAGCGUCUGCCUUGAUUGGCCCGCUGGUAAUAUCGGCUCUGCCACAAUUGAGGUUAGAUCUGGCUGAACUUGCAAACACCGAGAACGAUGCCGUCGCUAUGUACGCCGAGAUGACAAGGAAUACUGCGCGACCCAUGAGAGUGCCCCCUGGCCUGCGCCCUUCAGAGUUCCAUGCACUUUUUACGGGGAAGAACUUACGAUGGGAAACCUUAGGUCUCAUACUGGCAAUCGUGUGUUCCAACGCGCAAUUUACAUCACCACACGAUCCAAUCUUCACCCUUGAUGAUGGCACACGACUUGACAGAGACGAAUUCAUUGAGGACAUGAUACAUGCAUCGAAUGACUGCAUACAUCUCUGCCAGAUUCAUGGAGCUGUCAACGACAUCAUGGUCUGGCUGAUUUACACCAACAUGCUCAUAAUCAGUAGUUUCUACGGAGACAACUACCACGGUACUUGGCGACGACUCAGUGAUAGUGUAUCAGCCCUGUACGCUGCGGGUAUGCACUGCGAAGGAGGCUACGCAGAACGAGCAAAUACAGAGCCACUCUUCCUACGCGAGGCGAGAAGACGAGUGUACUCGGCUGUCUAUCGAAUCGACAAAACGUUGGCGAUUUUCUUCGGUCGACCCCCUAUGAUAGGCUGGAGAUACAGUGACCGAAAGCAAUUACUCGAUGUCAGCGACGAUGUCAUCGUUUCCGAGGACCCCGAGAUCGUCAACAAGGCAUUGUCACGAUUAGAUGGGAACGGUUGGAAUACAGACGGUCACAUACACCCAUCAACGUGCAUAAGAUUGCGUUGUCAGCAUGCAGUGUUCAAAGAGCGGCUACUGGAACAGUCAUUGUCUGGAGAGAAAGACAGCGAUGUAGCCCACAACAUGAGAACCAUAUCAGCAGAAUGUACCCAGUACUGGGAAAGCCUCCCGAGCCACCUGCGUUACGAGAUGUACGACGACGAUUCCGCCUGGCACCAGCUUGGUGCCGGCAUCACGGUGCGCCUGAUAUCCGCCUACCUCGAAUACUUGCACACACAUUUCCAAAUCCAGCGGCUUCUCCAGCGACAAACACAACAAGCCCUACCUGCGCUCUUGGAUGUAUCUCUCAAGCUACUCUCGACCGCCCUCGUAUUUACCAAGCCCCUGAAUGGUGCGUACGAGACGCGACGACACUUCGCCACAGUUAUUAUGUUCUACUGCUUCCCUGCGGCCGGCGUCCUUGCGCUCGAGCUGCGCAAAGCCACCAUCGAAGGCGUCCCACUCCCCGACACCGUCUUUCGGGCCGAUGUGAUACGCAACUUGUCCGUGCUCACGUCCAGCCUCGAAUGGCUGAUACUUCCUGGCGACGGCAAUCACAAGCUGUGCACUGAGCUCAACAAGAUGCUUGCGCUGGUUCUAAAUGAGGUGCUCAACUAUGAGCCGCCACCAACGGGCAGCAAUCUGGGCAGUGGGGUGGGCCAUAUGGCGCCGGUGACGAGGCCGGGGUUCUUUGAUAUCCCUAUGCUGGAAGGUAUGGAGCCUAUUCCGACUCAAGCGGAGGAAUUUCUGACAUGGUUGGAUGGUGCGGCAUGGAACAACACGCAGGAUUUAUUUUGAGAAGACGCUUGUUGUCUGGCGCAGAAGGUUCAUUACGCAUCAUGUCUACGGGCAUCCUACAGUCUGAACGUGUCAGUCAGAUUGUUCCUAAACCAACGAAAGCAAUUCAACUCCCUGGAAAAAGUCUCAAGUUGCUCCGCAAUAGGGGUGAGUAUAUGCCCUUCCGUCAACCCAGCGUCGAGAAGCAGCUCGCCCGUGCCUCGUUUCUGAUCUUCCUCUCUUCUGUUGUCAAGCCAUCCUUCCCGCUAGGUGCCUUGGUAGUCUUCGUAGGUGUCUCGCUCGAGCUCACUGUUGCCACGACCGAGAGAAGAUGGUUCUUGACUGUAGAUGAUGUGGACUUGGUGGAAGAUACAUCCAACUGUGCGUAA